ACAGAGCAGAACUAUUUGCUAGGAUUGGUUUUGAUCUUUGCUCAAGUUGUUGCUAGUGUUGGAGAUGCUGUCAUCAGGAUUCUGUUGCACAAAGAGAAAGAUAAAAAUAUCUCUCUGACGCGUGCCUUUUUCUCCCUUUCCCAUCCCCUUGCCGGGAACGCCGGAAAAGGAUCCCAGGCGGAUUGGAGGCAUUAGGUCGUCGGUUUGAAUCUCAGUGGUCGAGAAGGAAAUGUGGGUAAUGCCCGGCUCAUGGGGCAGAAGAAAGGAUCUCAGGGAGAUAUGAGAACUGUUCAUUUCCCCGUGGCCGUCUCCUCAAGGCUAGUUUCUUUGGAAAGCCUCGGUCUUUCUGGUCGUUGCAGGACCUCGCUGAGGGGCUGCAUUUCCUCUCUGAUUCUUUCUCUUGCCCCCGUGGGCCGGCAAAAGGAAGCUCCUGGAACUUUAAGGGACAUGGAUCUGGGGCUGAAGUCUCUAAAGGAAAACCUACAAGGAUAGAAGUCUCCGCAUCACCCUGCCUCUUGGCCAAGGCUGGGGGCUCUUUCCUUCCAGCAUCACCCGUCGUAAUUGAAGCAACAGAACAAAUAAAAUGGAGCUAUCUUGCUCAGCCAUGUGAGGACAAAUGAUCCAGAGCCUAAAAUAUACUGAAGAUGUGCAGCACUUUCACACACAUGGACCCAUGUGGCAACUAAGGGUCAAAACUCUCCAGAUGUCUUCCAAUAAUGAUCAAGUUUUUAUCCCAAUGUCACGAAGAAACACCAAUGACCUCUCCAGGAUGACCUCCAACAACCUGAAGACAUUUACUGAAGUAGCCGUGUUAAGUUUUCAUAACAUUUGCUAUCGAGUAAAAGUGAAGAGUGGCUUUCUUCUUGGCCGAAAAACAGUUGAGAAAGAAAUCCUGACAGAUAUCAAGUAUGUGCAUGAAUUUGUACUUAUGCACUUUAUGUCCUUUAUGUUCAAGAUGCUAGCGUCCGGGAGUUGCAAUGACAGUUCUUUCCAAUCUUUGUCUUUAGGUACAAGUUCUUUACCAACAGGCAGUCAUUGCCCUAACUUCCUUGCAUGUAAUUCCAGGGAAGAUGAGCUGAAGGUUGGAACUCAAUUUAUACGUGGUGUGUCUGGAGGAGAAAGAAAAAGGACUAGUAUUGGAAUGGAGCUUAUUACCGAUCCAGCCAUCUUGUUCCUGGAUGAGCCCACAACUGGCUUAGACUCAAGCACGGCAAACGCUGUUCUUUUGCUCCUGAAGAGCUUCUGUAUCUGCUUUUGUUCCCAAGUCAAGGAGACUGAAGAGCCUUCCAAGAGAGAAUCUCCACUCAUAGAAAAAAUAGCUGAGUCUUAUGGCAACUCUGACUUUUGCAGAAACACGAAAGAUGAGUUAGAUCGACUCGUAAAGGGUCAUCAAAGGAAGAGCUCAGCCUUUAAGGAGAUCACCUAUGCCACCACCUUCUGUCAUCAACUCAGAUGGAUUUCCAAGCGUUCAUUCAAAAACUUGCUGGGCAAUCCCCAGGCCUCUAUAGCUCAGAUAAUUGUAACAGUCAUCCUGGGAUUGGUUAUUGGCGCUAUUUUCUAUGAUCUAAAAAAUGAUCCUACAGGAAUCCAGAAUAGAGCAGGGGUGCUCUUCUUCCUGACGACCAACCAGUGUUUCAGCAGUGUUUCAGCUGUGGAGCUCUUUGUGGUCGAGAAGAAGCUCUUUAUACAUGAAUAUAUCAGUGGAUACUACAGAGUGUCAUCUUAUUUCUUUGGAAAACUGUUAUCUGAUUUACUACCCAUGAGGAUAUUACCAAGUAUUAUAUUUACUUGUAUAAUAUACUUCUUGUUAGGCUUGAAACCAGUUGUGGAGGCCUUCUUCAUCAUGAUGUUCACCCUUAUGAUGGUGGCUUAUUCAGCCAGUUCUAUGGCACUGGCCAUAGCAGCAGGCCAGAGUGUGGUAUCCAUAGCAACACUUCUCAUGACCAUCUCCUUUGUGUUCAUGAUGAUAUUUUCAGGGCUGUUGGUAAAUCUCAGAACUGUUGGGCCUUGGCUCUCCUGGCUUCAGUACUUAAGCAUUCCUCGAUAUGGCUAUGCGGCUUUGCAGCAUAAUGAGUUUUUGGGACAAAACUUCUGCCCAGGAGUCAAUGUAACAGCGAAUAAUACCUGUAGCUAUGCGAUAUGUACUGGCGAAGAAUUUUUGCUAAACCAGGGCAUCGAUCUCUCCCAGUGGGGCUUGUGGAAGAAUCACGUAGCCUUGGCAUGUAUGAUUGUUAUCUUCCUUACAAUUGCCUACCUAAAAUUGUUAUUUCUUAAAAAAUAUUCUUAAAUUCCUCUUUAAUUUACAUGAUUGAUCCACACAUUAAAAAUGGAGCAUCUUGAUUUAUUUUAAAUAUUC